UUUCCUUACUGGAAAGUAAAAUGCCCUUUGCUUUGUAAGCGUUAGCCGGAAGUUGCACUUUGUCAUACGCCCACUCGCUUACAGCACUGUUAGCAAGCGUGGUCAGCAAGAAGAACACGCUGGGAAGAGAAGAACUACUACUAACAGGUACACUCCUGGCAGAAAACGCUUAAUACACUCCUUUACCUCAGGGUGUCCCAAAACCACUCCACCUCCACCAAGCGCAAAUCCUAAACACCUCCAUUUGAUACCUCGUAAUUGGAAUCAUGCUGAGCCAGGAGUUCUUGCAGAAGCUGGUACUACCGGAUAUGGAUUAUAUCAGUCAGUACAUUAGAGGUCUCUCCACAUCUACAUUAAUCAGCAUGGGGGCGAUCACAGCUGCAACCACCUUCUACAUGGCAACACGACCAAAGGCCCUGCCACCUAUCUGUGACCUUAAUAUGCAGUCUGUAGAAAUUCCGGGUGAAGAGUAUAUACAUCAAUCACCUCUGAUAAAUGGUGAUGAUCUCCUCUCACAUAUUUAUGAUGAUGCAAAAACAAUGUAUGAAUUUUUCUUGAGAGGCGCUCAAGUAUCGAAUAAUGGUCCAUUUUUGGGCUCCAGGAAACCCAAGGGUCCUUAUGACUGGAUGACCUACCAAGAGGUAAUAGAAAGAACAGAAAAUCUAGGGUCUGCUUUUCUUCAUAAAGGACACUCCAAGACCACUGAUCCGAACAUUGGCAUCUUCUCUCAAAAUAGACCUGAGUGGACUAUCACAGAGCUGGCGUGCUACACCUAUUCCCUUGUGAGUGUCCCACUGUAUGACACCCUUGGUGCAGAGGCCAUCAACUACAUUAUAGACAAAGCCUCCAUCUCAACCAUUGUAUGUGAUGUGGCAGAAAAAGUCAGCCUGGUACUUGACUGUGUACAGGACAAGGAACACACUGUGAAAACCGUUGUUGUAAUAGAAAGACCCAGCGAUGGGCUGGUGGAAAGAGGCAAGCAGGCAGGAAUUGACAUCCUCAGCCUACACGAGAUGGAGGCCAUUGGAAAGGCUAACUAUCACCAACCCAUGCCUCCCACACCUGAAGAUAUGGCCGUCAUCUGCUUUACGAGUGGAACAACAGGAAGCCCUAAGGGAGCGAUGUUGUCACAUCGGAAUAUUGUUUCCAACUGCUCAGCCUUUGUUAAACUAACACAGGCCAACUGUCCAUUGGGUCCCAGGGAUGUCCAUAUUUCAUUUCUUCCUUUGGCUCACAUGUUUGAGAGAGUUGUGCAGGGAGUGAUGAUGGUUCAAGGAGCCAAGAUUGGAUAUUUCCAGGGAGAUAUUCGUCUUCUGAUGGAUGACCUCUGUACACUAAAACCUACUGUGUUUCCAGUGGUCCCUCGACUUCUUAACAGAAUGUAUGAUAAGAUCUUUGGGCAGGCCAAUUCUUCUGUGAAGCGGUGGCUGCUGGAGUUUGCAUUCAGACGGAAGGAGGCAGAGAUGUUAAAAGGCAUUGUGAGGAGAGAUAGCAUAUGGGAUAGAUUUAUCUUCAGAAAGGUUCAGGCUAGUCUUGGAGGUCACGUACGUCUCAUGAUAACUGGGGCUGCUCCCAUUUCACCUACUGUUCUAACUUUCCUCCGAGCUGCUUUAGGAUGCCAGUUCUAUGAAGGCUAUGGACAGACAGAGUGUACAGCUGGCUGCACCAUGACCAUGCCAGGCGACUGGAGUGCAGGUCAUGUUGGUGCUCCCCUGCCUUGUAACUCUAUCAAGUUGGUUGAUGUGGCUGAAAUGAACUACCUGGCAGUAAACGGCGAAGGAGAGGUGUGUGUGAAAGGUCCCAACGUGUUCCACGGUUACCUGAAAGAUCCGGAGAAGACUGCAGAAACUAUUGAUGCGGAUGGAUGGGUUCACACUGGAGACAUUGGCAAAUGGCUUCCUAAUGGCACUCUAAAGAUUGUGGAUAGGAAGAAGCAUAUCUUCAAACUGGCACAGGGAGAAUACAUAGCCCCUGAGAAGAUAGAGAAUAUCUAUGUGCGGAGUGAUGCAGUGGCACAGGUUUUUGUGCAUGGAGACAGUCUACAGGCUUUUCUGGUAGCAGUGGUGGUUCCAGACCAGGACUUCCUGUGCGGUUGGACAAAGAGGACCAUGGGAGUGGAGGGCAGCUACAACGAACUUUGCAGUAGAGUGGAUGUUAAGGCAGCCAUAUUGGAGGACAUGGUACGACUCGGAAAGGAAGCAGGCCUCAAGUCCUUUGAACAGGUGAAGGCCAUAUAUGUCCACACUGAGUUAUUUUCAAUCGACAAUGGGCUGCUCACACCAACACUGAAAGCCAAAAGGAAUGAACUGAGACAAUACUUUAAAUCCCAGGUAGAUGAGCUAUACACCAGCAUCAAGAUGUAAUGGAAGAAACGGUGUGGUUAAAAAGCAGGGAAUGGAAGACACGCCAAAUAAUGGAAAGUGCCAUUUCACUCCAAAGAAAUUUUUCACUUCAUACCUCAUAAUGUGGGCAUUAAUGUAGUUAUUAAUGAAAGACGUGCCUUUUUUACACAAUAUAAACUAUAUCUUAAUCUUAUGUCUGUGACAUGCUUUUGUCAAAUGACCAAAGUAUAAUGAAAUGUAGUAGACUAUGACAUCCACUUUUAACAUCCUGGAUGAAAUUUCAACAUUCAUGUAAGCUGCCAGAUAGCAAAAUACUGAACUGGGGAUUGUCACCAUGCUGCUGAAGUACUGUAUAUCUGCUAAUUAGUGUGGUAGAUGCACCAGAGUGCCAAACAAUGCAUCCAACAAUGGACUGGAAUCAUAUGAUGAUACGUAGUGAUUUGAGAAGAAGAAGAAAACUACGCUGACGUGGGUGGGAAAUCUCUUGGUGGGUUAUCGCAAGUUACUGAGUAAACUUGCGAUAUUGUCCACCUUACAAAUUUUAGAAAAAAUUGGUAACUCUCAAAAUAUUUAUUUCCAUGCUUAAUUUUAGACCUAAUGUAUAGCCAGGCACUCCAAACAGCAAAAUACAGUACUGUAUUUGCGUACAACUUAUCAAAAAAUACUGCACAUUCUUUGCAAUAUGUCCCCUUUAAAUGCCAAUGAAGGAGUGUUUAUUUUGUGGAUUUAACACAUGCACAUGUUUUACUUUAAAAUUUUAUUCAUUUGCACUACUAAACAAGUUGAAUGAAAAAGCACAUUCCAUUCCAGGAGAUAAUGUUUUUGUGACCAUUAUUUUGUUUAUGACUAAGCUUGAUUCAGGAUACUAACAAACACAAUCUAACAGAAAAAAUAAGCAAUGAAUGAUAACAAUUCUCAGGAACAUCAAGAAAGGAAAUCACAGUACAAGGGUAAAAUAUCUUAAUAUAUUUUUGGGUAUAAGUAAUGUGAAAUAAAUGGCAUUUGAUUGUUUUCAAAUUGAAUAAUAAAACUAUUGAAGUGUGUGUUAAUCAACAUUUGUUGUUUUUUAUAUGAUUGUUUUUACUGUAUUUACAUGUAUUGACAUUGUGAAUUUC